UCAUCAUUUCCUCCUCAGACACCACAAGCACAACAAAAGAUUCCCUCCAAAUCCGCCAUUGUUGCUCUCUCCAAGCUCCUCCAUUUCAAUGCCUUGUCUCAAUAUCUCUAAGAGUACAUCGGAGAUGAAGAAGACGGUGAUGCCGGAGAAGGAAGCGUGUACGCUCGAUGGAGCGGUCGACCGACACGGUUGCCCGGCUAUCCGGGACAAAACUGGAACUUGGGUCGCCGGCAUCUUGAUCCUUGUGAACCAAGGGUUGGCUACUCUAGCGUUUUUCGGAGUCGGAGUGAAUUUGGUACUGUUUCUAACGAGGGUGUUGGGACAAGACAAUGCGGCGGCGGCCAACAACGUUAGCAAAUGGACAGGAACUGUCUAUAUUUUCUCUCUUCUCGGAGCGUUCCUGAGCGACUCGUAUUGGGGACGGUUCAAGACUUGUGCAAUAUUUCAAGCCAUUUUUGUGCUAGGACUUGCUUCACUAUCAAUAACAUCCUACAUAUUUCUGGUUAGACCAAAGGGAUGUGGAGAUGAACAUACGCCAUGCAAUGCUCAUUCCUCCUUCCAUAUAGCCCUGUUCUACCUCUCUGUUUACUUGGUAGCCCUUGGCAAUGGCGGUUACCAGCCCAACAUAGCUACCUUUGGAGCGGACCAGUUCGAUGAAGAAGACGCCAAGGAAGGGAUCUCCAAAAUCGCCUUCUUCAGCUACUUCUACUUGGCUCUCAACCUUGGAUCCCUCUUCUCCAACACUAUUUUGGGUUACUUUGAAGAUGAAGGAAUGUGGGUGCUUGGAUUUUGGGCUUCUACAGCCUCUGCUGCUAUGGCUUUGAUCUUGUUUCUCUGCGGAAUCCCUAGGUACAGACAUUUCACUCCUAAAGGAAAUCCGCUUUCUAGGGUUUCGCAAGUGGUGGUUGCGGCUAUUAGAAAAUGGAAGGUUCAGAUUAUGAAUGAUUCUGAGGGAUUGUUUGAUGAUGAUGAGAAGGAAUUAGUCGGUAAUGGAGCUAGGAAGAUUCUUCAUACCAAUGGAUUUAAAUUUUUGGACAAAGCAGCGGUGGUUACCUCGGCGGAGAUGGACCGAUUUGACGGUGGAGAUCGGAAUCCAUGGCGUCUGUGUACGGUUACUCAAGUCGAAGAAGUGAAAUGCAUCAUCAGACUCCUUCCGAUUUGGCUUUGCACGAUUCUCUACUCCGUCGUCUUCACUCAAAUGGCUUCUCUGUUCGUCGAGCAAGGCGCCGCUAUGAGAACGAACAUUUCCUCAUUCCAUAUCCCUCCCGCAAGCAUGUCGAGUUUCGAUAUUCUCAGUGUUGCAGCGUUCAUCUUCAUCUACCGCAGGAUAAUCGAUCCAACCUUCGUUCGAUUAACCAAAACGAGCCUUACAGAGCUUCAAAGAAUGGGGAUCGGCCUUGUAAUCGCAGUCUGCGCCAUGCUAUUCGCCGGAACCGUCGAGAUUUUUCGACUAAAAUACGCGAACAAAGAUUGCCGCCAUUGCGACGAUUCGAGUUCCCUAAGUAUUUUCUGGCAGAUUCCGCAGUAUGUACUGAUUGGAGCAUCGGAGGUUUUCAUGUAUGUCGGCCAACUCGAGUUCUUCAACAGUCAGGCACCUGACGGACUCAAAAGCUUCGGUAGCGCCCUCUGUAUGACCUCGAUUUCCUUCGGCAACUACGUUAGCAGCUUGCUGGUGACGAUCGUGAUGAAGAUCUCGACAACCGAUAACAUGCCGGGAUGGAUCCCCGGAAACCUAAACAGAGGCCAUUUGGACCGAUUUUUCUUCCUCUUGGCCGCUCUCACGGCGGCGGAUCUCGCCGUCUACAUCCUCUGCGCCAAAUGGUACAAAUACAUCAAAUUCGAGAGCCGUGACGCCGCCGCCGCCUCUGCCGUCUAGAGUUUUGCUCCAAUCGACAAUGGCGGCAAAAUGCAGUUGGAGGUGGAAGAAGGUGAAAUGUCCAUUAUACCCCCGUCUGAUCCAUGAUCAAAUUAUUUGAUCGGAAGAAAAUAAAUAAAUAAAUGAAAUAAAUUGGGGUAGUUUGAUCGAGAUCGUUGAAGUUGGACCGGACAAUCGCAGCCGUAGAUAUGAAGGAA